CAAACCUUCACCCAACACCCAGCGACCUUCAUCCCAACACCUAGCAACCUUCACCCAACACCUCCAGCGGCCUUCACCCAACACCUAGCGACCUUCACCCCAACACCCAGAGCCUUCACCCAACACCUAGCUGGCCUUCACCCAACACCUAGCGACCUUCACCCAACACCCAGCGACCUUCACCCAACACCUAGCGACCUUCACCCAACACCCAGCGACCUUCACCCAACACCCAGCGACCUUCACCCAACACCUAGCGACCUUCACCCGACACCUAGCGACCUACACCCGACACCUAGAGACCUUCACCCGACACCUAGCGACCUUCACCCGACACCUAGCGACCUUCACCCGACACCUAGCGACCUCCACCCGACACCUAGCGACCUUCACCCGACACCUAGCGACCUUCACCCGACACCUAGCGACCUUCACCCGGCACCUAGCGACCUUCACCCGACACCUAGCGACCUUCACCCGACACCUAGCGACCUUCACCCAACACCUAGCGACCUUCACCCGACACCUAACAACCUGGUCAGGAGGUUGGGAUCUCUUGGCGUAACAACUAAGGUGUUGGGUUCACAGUCGCUGGACCCGGGUUCUGUUGCCAACCUCUCAUCCCCUUCUGGAACACCCACCAGCCAACCUCUCAUCCCCUUCUGGACCACCAGCCAUCCUCUCAUCCCCUUCUGGACCACCAGCCAUCCUCUCAUCCCCUUCUGGACCACCAGCCAUCCUCUCAUCCCCUUCUGGACCACCAGCCAUCCUCUCAUCCCCUUCUGGACCACCAGCCAUCCUCUCAUCCCCUUCUGGACCACCAGCCAUCCUCUCAUCCCCUUCUGGACCACCCACCAGCCAACCUCUCAUCCCCUUCUGGACCACCAGCCAACCUCUCAUACUCUGUGUCCCUUCAGAUUGUUGGGGUGCAUGAAGGCCCUGAUAGAGGUUGCUAUG